AUGGCGUGGACGCAGUCCCUUCCCGCUGUCGUGAUCGUCCAUUGGAGACGGGAGGUCCACGCGUGGGCCACGCGCGUCCAUAUUUUCUCCUGGAGCAUUCCAUCGCCGGACCACACCUACCUGUCACCGAGCUGGAGCCAGUUCUGCAAGGAGCCCCCACGAGACCGCAGCGUUACCUUCUGGUUCUACCAGAUCCUAUUGCUCAACCUCCGCUUCCUCUGGAAGAACCGAUCCUCGUGCAUCCCUCCGACAUCCCGAUUCCCCGAGACGCCCUCUGAACUGUCUCGCGCGCGCGCCAGCCAUCCGCCGACGAUGGCCCUAUGGGCGAAGAUCGGGCAACUUCCACCCGACUCCUUGCACCAGGUCGAGGCCCUCUACCCCCCCGACCACUUCCCCAUCGAAGUCCGCCACUACCUCGCCCACUGGAUCGAGGAGCAGAAUUGGUGA